AACAUCGCUGAAAAAAUUGCACUUUUUGUUCGAUAUUAGCACCUAGAAAGUUGAACUUUAGGAAACUUUGAAAGCGUGCUCCUACUCUGUUCAUGUAACACCUCAUUGAAUCUUUUGUGCGGUUUAUGCAGUGAAGUGAAUCGAAUCUGGCAUAUUUGAAGUCGUAACAUAUUUGAUAUUUGAAUGUAAAUGCCGCAAGAAGCGCUGAGGUCAUUAUCGUUUUCCCAGAUUAUCGUGGAAAACGUGGGUCAACAAAGACCUUAGUGGGUCAACCAAUCGAUUUACUUUUCUAAUCGCCGACUAUCUUUCGAGUCACGUAAAAGUAGACGAAAUGGAACAGUUCUAAAUUAACAGACUGUAACUUGAGAUCGAUUUACGACGUGUUUAUGUUGUGAAGAUUAGUACAGGUUACAUCUGGUAACGUUUUAAGCUCUACGUGAACUCAUCCAAAGUCCAUAGGUUGGUCAAACAUUUCGCUCCGGUCACAUCACGCGCAAGGUAGACCCUAAAUAACUACACGUGCACCCCUGGGAGACAAAACAAACCAAAAACACUGGCGCCAUCGUAGUAUCAAGAAGGACAAGGUUCCCUAGAGAUGGCUGAUUUGAGAAGUGAGACAAACUUAAGUCACGAACAUGCCGGUAUCCAAAAGCACGAUGAAGGAUUCAAGAUCGCAAUCUUAACGUGUCUCGGUGUCGCUGCUGUGGUGGGACUUUUGGGUAAUGGACUUGUAGUCGCAGUUAUUUUACGAGCGAAAAAGAUGCGUUCUGUGAUGAACCGCUUCAUACUUCAUCUAGCAAUCAGCGAUUUGAUUGUGAGCACUGUCGCUAUCCCGUUGUUUUUGGUGGUCAACUUUAAAGAAGGCAUCGGAAUGAAAAGCUACAGUUUGCCCAUUUGUAAGGUCGCCAGGUUUUUCCAGUACCUGUCGCCUGAAGCGUCCAUGACUUUGCUCAUCACAAUCGGAUGGAAUCGCCACCAAGCUGUUGUGCAUCCAUUAAAUAUCAUGUCAUAUGGCACAGCGAAUAAGCUGAUUCUCGGCGCUUGGGUCUACGCGCUUCUCGUCGUGUCGCCAAGCUUGUAUUUGACUGUGUUAAAGGACGCUCCUCUGGAUCCCAACACAAACGAGACCUUCACCUAUUGUGCAACCAUUCCUGCUACUACUUUGCCUGGUCUCAUUUACGUGAUGUUCCUCGGGUUGUUUGGGUAUUUGUUCCCUUUGGCUACCUUAAUCGUCCUAUACGGAAAAAUCUACCGGACAGUUUGGAGAAGGAAGAGUGGCCAGCUAGGAGACUCGCGUCCGGUGGAGGCUUUCAUCCGCAGCCGUAAGAAGGUACUGAAAAUGUUCCUAACGGUUAUUCUAGUUUUUCUUGUCACCUGGCUGCCGUUGUUGAUUUAUAUUAGUGCGAUUGAAUGGACCGUGAAAAGUACAACGAGUCAUGUGGAUUAUGUGCGACUUAUUACGUAUUCGUUGGGAUUGUGUAACAGCAUCUGCAAUCCUUUUAUUUACGCGCUUUUUAACGGGAAGUUUCGAGCCGGUUGCAAAGACAUGUUCACGUGGAGCGUGAACGCUGCGCAACGCGGAAAGAAAAGCCCGCACGGAGAAAACGUGGCGGCGAACGGGGCCAGGCGAAUACGAGAGGCGCAGAACGUGUUUACCAGACGGGGCGGUUUUCAUGGUACUAAGGGAGAUGAAAAUAAAAAACCGAAAAAUUCAUCCAAGAAGGAAGAGGAGUCGACGAAAGAGUCAACGCAAAGUAGCUCCUUGUCAGUAAAUAAUAUUAUUGGGCGGCGUUUUAGAUCACUCACUGAUGUUGACUGUUAUAAAGGCAGUGGCUCGACAGAAGUCAUUGAGUUAGUACGCUAUAAAAAGACCAUGGAUCCUGACGAAGUCUUCACUGACUUUUCGCAAUCUUCACCGAAAAAAAACCGAGCAAAGAACGGCGAUAACCUUGUUAGAUUUACAAAUGAGGGAUAUUCACCCAUCAUGACCAACGGUGACUCUGAUGCCUCAGGGAAUCGGAAGGUUGAGAAAUCAAAAGACGGAUAUAACAUCCUGAAGGAGGAUCCUGCUUCCCUUAUUGCGGAAAAAAGAGCAAGAACAAAGAGCGAAGGCUAUGAUUAUAAGAAAACCAAGCGAGGUCUCCCAGAGCAAAGAAUUUUCAGUAUGCCUGCUGCAUUUCAUUAACUUGUUUUGGCCAAGGACUGCUGUAAAGAUUAUUCUUUGGAAAUGAAGACCUCCUUCGUCGAUUAGAAACGAGCGAUGAAUAUGAACUAAUCGAGGACAAAUUAGCGUAACAAGAAGAUGAACGCGAUUUAUUCCCAAUAUCCGUUAUAGCUGUGAAGCAGGAUAGAAUGGUUUAUAGUAUAGCAGGUUCAAGUUGCUCGAUGUUUUUUCUCGAUAUUUACCGUCUGUAGAUUGCAAGGGCAUGGAAACAAAUAUUUCAAGACUUUUUUGGCCUAAGAUCGUUAGAGAUAAGAUCUUUGCUUUUCUUUUGAUGUCCAGCGAGGGUUCGGAGAAUAGAAAAAGCAGAUUACGAAAGGCUUAUCUCGCUGAUUUUGAUAAAUGUCAUUAUUUGUCCAGCUGCUAUGUUUAAAAGUGUUUCCUUUCUGCGUGAAAACAAAGCGAUUCUCGCUGCGUUAGGAAAAAAAUAAUCGCGUGGUCCGAAUUUCUUAAUUUUAAUAUUUGUUCAAACAUAUAUCAGUUUUACGCUUUCAGUACUUAAAACUUCAUCUUAAAACUUGCCAUCGUCAAUAAUGGAAAUCCGUUGUUAAACAACUCUAUCAUUAGCGAAUUAUCUGCCGUGAUCUUAAAGGAAAACGUCUGCUGUGUUUUCGCGAAAGCUGUCGUGGAAUCAUCGAAAAUUUAACUGCAAAUUUAACCUAAAUCACUAUGUUUCGUAAUGUAAAGUUUUAUUAUAAUUGAGUUAAAAAUCAUUUCCCGGAACAGAUAAAAAUCAACUGACUUUUUCCGAUAGCAUCGCAUGAUUAUGAUUCGGUUAGAAUCUUCGUAAUGGACAACGGAAAUGACUGUUUGGCAUUAGCCAUUAUCUUUAAAUUAUUCCUUAUUGUUUUAUGGCCGUGAAUAUUAUUGUGACUAUUUCUCCCAAGCAGAUUGAGGUCUCCAUUAUUUAAAUUUCUUCCUAUGUACAAAAGAUACUUUUUAUUUAUAAUCCUUUGUCGAUACACGAUCGUGAGAAGAUCAUUCUCACUCACGGUGCACUCAGCGCGGUAAUUACUAAAUAAGAACCUCCCUAUGCAUGGCACGGAAACUAAAUCAGAGGUCACUUAAAGUUGAAAAAUAUUGCUAAGUAGUUCUCCAAAGAUGUGCCAUAUCGAAUAAUCAAAUUUUGGUUCUAGUUCAUUCCAAACACAAUAUUUGGAUAUUGGAAAUAUAAAGUUUGUAGUUGGAUGUUUACCAUUAACAUUCGUUACUAUGUAAACGUAACUUUAAAGUUAGAAUUUACUCUCGCGCAAACUAAGGGAAAUAUUUGUUAGCAAGUUUCAUUUGAGUUAUGCCAGGUUGUAAAAACUUGUGGAACUAAGAUGUUGUUGAAACUUUCCUAUUGUAAUAUUGUUACUCUUGUAGAGUUGGUAAUUUAAGAAAACUCGAAUAUUG